UGUUUGUCCCGAGGCAAUGUCAAGCUCUAGAAUCAAGGCCAACCCUCAGGCUGCAUCAAUGUAUUUGAAAGUAGUUUUCAAUGCUGAAAUUGAAAAGGAGAAGAAGGGUGAUCCUAACAUUACCAAGUGGUUUUUGAUCCCAUACCAUCAAGAGGCAUACCAAGUGUACAAGUUUAAUGAUGGGAUUUGUCCGAAUAGAGCGACUAUGCAGGGGUUGAAAGGCUUCCAUGUAAAGUGUGCUCAACAAGUCGGCGCCCGCGAGUGUGGCUAUUACGUUAUGAAGUUCAUGCAUGAAAUAGUCACGUUACACCAUAACACUGAUGAGCGGUUAGACAAUGCUUACACUCCAAGAAAUGCGCCUUAUACCGAUGAGGAAAUAGAUGUGGUUCGUGAGCAAUGGGCUAAGUUUUUUACAACCGAGUAUUUAUUUACUUAGGUUGUUUAGACACAAAGAUGGAAGCA